CGUUGUGGAAACAGGAUGAAGUUGACCAGUGAACAGUUGCCCAAGAACCCCUUUUAUACCUGUAUCUCCCAGUAUGCUGCUAAUAACCAAAAACUCCUCCAAUGGAGAAAGGAAAACUCUGAUCAUUACAGUCAUGCUAAUUUGGUGGAAAAAGCCUUACAGCUCUUGAAGGAAAGAAUAAGAAGAGGGGAUCCUCUGGCAUAUUUCCUACGAGGUCAAUUAUAUUUUGAAGAGGGAUGGUAUGAAGAAGCAUUAGAACAGUUUGAAGAAAUCAAAGAAAAGGAUCAUCAAGCAGUUUACCAGCUAGGGGUCAUGUAUUAUGAUGGACUGGGGACAACUACAGACUCUGAAAAAGGAGUGGAAUAUAUGAAGAAAAUUGUCAAUUCUCCAUGUCCCAAAGCAAGACACUUAAAAUUUGCAGCUGCUUACAACCUUGGGAGAGCUUAUUAUGAAGGAAAAGGCAUUAAACGAUCAGAUGAGGAAGCUGAAAGACUGUGGCUUUUUGCUGCAGACAAUGGGAAUCCAAAAGCUAGUGUGAAGGCUCAAAGUAUCCUAGGAUUAUAUUAUUCAACAAAAGAACCUAAAGAGUUAGAAAAGGCAUUUUUUUGGCAUUCACAAGCAUGCGGCAAUGGAAAUCUGGAGUCCCAGGGUGCACUUGGUCUCAUGUACUUCUAUGGACAAGGCAUCCGCCAGGAUACCGAUGCUGCCUUGCACUGCUUAAGGGCAGCAGCAGAACGUGGAAAUGUCUACGCUCAAGGGAUUCUUGUGGAAUAUUACUAUAUGAUGAAAUUUUUCACAAAGUGUGUUACAUUUUCCAAAAGGAUUGCUGACUAUGAUGAGGUCCACGACAUCCCCAUGAUCGCUCGCAUCACGGACUGUCUCCCGGAAUUCAUCAUCAGAGGCAUGGCCAUGGCCUCGUUCUACCAUGCACGAUGUCUUCAGCUUGGCUUGGGUGUCACGAAGGAUGAAGCAAGAGCAAAACACUAUUAUUCUAAGGCUUGUCGUCUGAAUCCUGCAUUGGCAGAUGAACUCCACUCUUUACUUAUCCGUCAAAGAAUUUAG